UGCUUGCUGGAGGGUUAGGGCUGCUGGGAGGGGCUGGUCUGGCAGCUGACGAGUUAAAGGCCCCUGUAUUUCCGGAUCUGCUCAUUGCUUGUUGGAAGGAGAGGAGGGACCCCCGUGUGUGAGCACCAUGCCCAUCUGACACCCUGCAUGGGCACCAGCCUGAGGACAUCUCCAGCCACCAGCUCCCCGUCCAUUGUCCUCUCGUCCCCGGGAUCCUCUCGGAAUGGCACAAAGGUAUGAUGAAAUGGUUCAUUAUCCGGGAUUAGAUGGGAUACCUCUGGCUGGAUUUGGAGAUGCCCAUGCGGGACGAGCACUGCAGCACCAUUCUCUAAGUCAAGGCUCUCCGUAUGGCUCUGCCGGGGCAGGUCACAGAGUCCCAAUGCCCCCUGGUAUGGGCAGCAAUGACGGCUUAAAACGGGAAAAGGACGAGAUUUACGGGCACCCACUCUUUCCUCUCCUCGCUCUGGUGUUUGAAAAAUGUGAAUUGGCAACAUGUUCCCCGCGUGAUAACUCAGGCUCCUUCCCAGGGGGUGAUGUCUGCUCCUCUGAUUCCUUCAAUGAAGAUAUCGCAGUGUUUGCCAAACAGGUCAGGACGGAAAAACCUUUAUUCUCCUCCAAUCCAGAAUUGGACAAUUUGAUGAUUCAAGCCAUCCAGGUCCUGCGAUUUCAUCUCUUAGAAUUAGAAAAGGUUCACGAUUUGUGCGAUAACUUUUGCCAUCGAUACAUCACCUGUCUGAAAGGGAAGAUGCCGAUAGAUCUGGUGAUUGACGAUCGGGACGGUUCCUGCAAGUCUGACUUGGAAGAUUUCACUGGAUCCUGCACUAGUUUGUCAGAUCAGAAUAACUCAUGGAUCAGGGAUCACGAUGAAACAGGCUCCACCCAUUCAGGAACGCCGGGACCCUCCAGCGGAGGUCUGGCAUCACAGAGUGGUGACAAUUCCAGUGAACAAGGCGAUUGUCUUGAUCACAGUGUGGCGUCGCCCAGCACCGGGGACGAUGAUGAUUUAGAUCGGGACAAGAAGAGAAACAAGAAGAGAGGAAUCUUUCCCAAAGUGGCCACAAAUAUCAUGCGGGCGUGGUUAUUUCAACACCUCUCGCACCCGUACCCAUCAGAAGAACAGAAGAAGCAGUUGGCACAGGACACAGGACUUACGAUAUUACAAGUCAAUAACUGGUUUAUAAAUGCUAGAAGACGAAUCGUCCAGCCCAUGAUUGACCAAUCAAAUCGUACAGGACAGGGUGGCGCCCCCUACAGUCCUGAUGGCCAGAACAUGGGUGGGUUUGUUAUGGAUGGUCAACAGCACAUGGGCAUCCGCCCAUCAGGCUUCCAAGGAAUCCCAGGAGAUUACACUGCAGCCCCCAGCACUAUGUCCAUGGGAUUCCCACCGGCCGGUUACACACCCGCAAUGCCCCCACACCCUGCCGGCCUUCGCCACGGACCGUCUCUACACUCCUACCUCCCAGGGCACCCCCACCAUGCCUCCAUGAUUCUACCAGCUGGCACCUCCCCUCACCAUCUGGUGUCCGCGCAGAGUCCAGCUGAAGCACUUUUGAAUGGUCAAAACAUAGACAUUCACGCGCACUAACACCUGGAGCCGCUGGUGCGGUUUAACUUUUGAUUAUUUUUUUCCUCCAACAUCUUUUAUAUUUUUCAUUUAAUGGGUUCUUGUUCAGUACUUGUCAUCAAGUAAAGGAAAAUAAUGUUGAUAAUUAACCCAUGCCCUGCCGCCCUCCAGCUGCAUUUGGACUGGAAGGCGAAGAGCGUAUUCGCAGGAACUCACCGAGCGGCAAAACCAAACCUGGCGUUAAUUAUUUAACUGCAAACUUCAAAAACUGAAGGAAAUGAAGAAACCCCGACAAAGAGGAAAUCUAUAUUGUGUUGGAUUUUUUUAUGCACACCCUAAUUACCCCACAAUUCUCUUUUGUGGACGGACCAAUGUGUUUGCUCGUGGACUGAAAUGGAGAAUAAGAGAGUUUUUUUGUUUUUUGUUUUUUUUACGUUGUCACUUGGAGCAGGGACUAAGUUAACUUGUACAUUUUUUUUUUAUUAAUAUUAUAAUUAUUUGGUAUGAUACUUGUCUUGUUUUAUCUGUUUUUUAUGAUAAAGUGAAAAAAAUUUCAAAAAAAAACCCAACGU